AGCUCCGAAGUUCGGCCUGUACAAAACGACAGUGCAAAUUCGAAAUGUCCUAUCCGAAAGGCACACACGCCGAACCAAAACAAUCGAAACCACGCAAAAGAAAGUUCCAUGGUAAUCAGUUUUCAAAUAAAAAGAGUGAAGAUGAAGGAUGUGAAAGUACGAGUGCAAGAAAACUCUCCAAUGCUAGUGCUGAAGAUAUUCACUGGAAUCCAUUGCAUGGCUAUCGUUUGAUUGAAAUAUUCACCGUUUUUACAGCCUUGACAGAGCUCCUUGUUUGUCGUGUUUGUAAACAGAAUGUAAAGUUUGAAGAAGCUGGGAAUCGAGGCCUCGGUUUCAAGAUAGUUUUACUUUGUCGCUGUGGUCAGAGAAACAUCAAUUCAGGACCACUAAUCAACACUGGAUACGAAGUGAAUCGUCGGAUGGUGUUUGUUAUGCGACUCUUAGGUGUUGGCAGAGAGGGUAUUAAUUUAUUCUGCAACCUCAUGGACAUUUGUAAAGGAAUGAAUGAGAGCACGUAUAAUAAUAUCAUCACGUAUAUUCACUCCUGUACAAAAUCUGUUUUUGAAAGUCUCUGCAAGAAAGCUAUCGAAGAAGAAAAAAAAUUCAAUGAAGAACAUGAGAGGUCUAUUUUAGAUUUGAAAGUCUCUGGAGAUGGCUCGUGGAAAAAACGUGGAUUCAAAUCGCUGUACGGAGUUGUAACGGUCAUAGGCUACUAUUCGGGCAAAGUCAUCGAUUUAGUUAUCAAAAGUAGCUAUUGCCAUGCAUGCACAUUUUGGAAAAAAAAGGUGAACACUCCAGAAUACGAAGAGUGGUAUAUAAAUCACGAGGAAGAGUGUACAAAAAAUCACGAGGGCUCAGCCGGAAAAAUGGAGGUCGAUGCGAUUACAGAAAUCUUUUUAAGAUCAGAGGAAAAGUACGGCGUUAAAUAUGGUAAUUAUAUUGGAGACGGAGACUCCAAAACUUUCAAGGCCAUUCUAGAUAAGAAUCCUUACGGUGAUGAAUUUCAAGUUGCAAAAAGCGAAUGCAUUGGCCACGUAGAGAAAAGAAUGGGCACUCGGCUCCGAAAUAUAAAAAAAACACAAAAACUCGGUGGUAAGGGCAAACUAACGGAUGCUUUAAUUAAAAAGCUCACAACGUACUAUGGUCUGGCAAUUAGAAGAAAUGCGAAUAGUAUUGAGGGAAUGAAAAAAAGUAUUAUAGCCACUUAUUACCAUUUGAUCUCUACGGAUGAGAAGCCACAGCACGAAUACUGCCCGCCCGGCGAAGACAGCUGGUGUAAGUGGCAGAAAGAAAAAGCUAUUGAAGCAAAUUUGGAUUCUUUUGAGCACCCUCCUCCACUCGAUCCAACAGUCGCAAAACACAUUCUUCCAAUUUAUGAAGAUUUAUCUAAGGAAGAAUUACUUCAGAGAUGCUUGGGCAGUCAUACGCAGAAUUCAAAUGAAAGUUUCAAUUCUACGAUUUGGCGUUUAGCUCCAAAACAUCUUAAUUCUGGGCUGAAAAUAGUUGAAAUUGCAUCCUACAUCGCUGCUGGAGUCUUCAAUGAAGGAUAUUCUUCCAUUCUACAAAUUAUGAUGGAGUUACAAAUAAUUAUUGGGAGCCAGACCAAGCACUAUGCUGAGAACGUCGACGGGCGCCGGGUAUCUCGACAGGAGCGGCGCAACUCUUUCAACUCUAAAGAAGCUCGAAAGGCCAGAAGAGAGCAGUUAUUGGAGCAGAACGAGUUCUUCGAGGAAGCAGAAGGAUUGUUCUAUGGCGCCGGGAUUGCUGACUAAGAGGAUCAAUAUCACGGACGCCAUUUGUCCAGCAGCUGAGCAACUCGCACGCGUACCUGCCAAAUGGGAUGCU